UUCAAUAUUUUGCCAUCAGCAGAGUCUGCGUCACCAGGUCCAUCUUUGGUAUAGGUCUGGUUGGUUUCGAGGCUGGGCUGCGUGGUGCCCAAGCAGAACUGCUUGGUGGAUACUGAAGAAGAAGGAACAUGAGAGCCCCGAUAAGCAACCCUUGCUGCCUACGAGAGUCACUAUGUUGAUGUUUGUGUGCAUUGUGUGUUUAUUUUGGUCGCCAGUGGGGGGUAUCCAUCUGCUUAAGCAACCAGGAAAUCUUUGGGUUACGUGGGCUAAUCAUACAGGGACUUCAGAGUUUUGUCUUGCAUUACAGUCAGCUACGUCACCCUUUCAAACAUGCCUUAUAGGGGUCCCAGAAUGGGAUGACUCUGCGUUUAAGGGUUACCUUGGGAAAAAGAGUGGCUGUUCGCGGUUCUGCAAUGGACUAGAAAGAACUUGGAGGUGGCUGGGAAAUGAUUCCGUAUACUAUCUCGGAAGGAAAAUGGCUUGUACUAUUUGUAGGUUAAACAUCACUCUUCCCGAGGAGCCCCAGCAGCUGGAUUUACUUGGCUCACAAAUGGUACAAAAUGAUACUUGGGACAAGAAUAGCUCACAAUGGUUGUCCCCUGGGUGCAUGAUCUUUGGCUCAAUGAAAAGGUUGUCUCUGACUAGGCAGCAACUUCUUGGUCCAGAGGGCCCCUACUGGGACCCGAAAACUAAUCAAACCAUCCCGUAUACCCUUGUGUAUCCCCGUGAUGAUGAGACCUUUGAUAUUGAUGGAGGAUAUUGUGGGUUUUACCCUAACGGAUCGGUGCCUUAUCGUUCUGGAGAUUGUCCUAUAAACGUCUCAAUAGGUGAGAUUGUUAAUAUUAGCAGGACGGAUGGGUCUGUCCGAAAGGUCGACUGUGAAGAUAUGGCAUUCAACACAGGUUGUUGUGUUUUCCCUAUCCCCAAAGGAUCAUUUUCGUUCAUGGGAGAACUUUGGAACAAUGAUACAGCAAAAGCCUUACCACCAGGGAUAUUUCUUAUUUGCGGUGAUCGUGCUUGGCAAGGGAUUCCUAAGAACCCAGUAGGAGGUCCUUGCUAUCUGGGGAAAUUGACCAUCUUAUCCCCAAGUAUCUUUGAGAUCUAUAAGGCAUUUAAUCAUUUGCGAGCCAAAAGGGAUAUGCAUGCUCUGGAGCCUGACUGCGGGGACGACGUAAGGUUAUGGGGACCCACUGCUAGAGUCUUUGCUUCUUUCCUUGCUCCCGGGGUGGCUGCUGCACACGCUUUAAAAGAAAUCAAGAGAUUGGCCUGUUGGACUGUUAAACAGGCAAAUGUUACCUCUCAGCUACUCUCAGAUUUGCUUAUAGAUGUAGAGAGCAUUAGACAUGCUGUGCUUCAAAAUAGAGCAGCUAUAGAUUUUUUGCUUUUAGCACAAGGACACGGAUGCCAAGAUGUUGAAGGAAUGUGUUGUUUCAAUUUGAGUGACUACAGUGAGUUGUUACAUAAGAAGCUGGCAUGGUUACAAGAUCAUACCAGGACGAUCGGUAUCGUGGACGAUCCGUUUGGAGAUUGCCUUGGAAGCCUGUUUGGGAACAUCAGACCUUGGUUCAAGCAGUUGUUAAAAGUAUUGGUAGUAGGGCUUAUUGUUCUUCUUGCACUGCUAAUCUGCGUACUAUGUAUUAUGCAAUGCCUGCAGGGAUGUAUGUGUCGUAUGGUGACGGGAAUUUUCGAUGAGAAGAUGGAACAGCAAAGGGUAUAGAAAGACUUUAAGAGG